UGACUGCCAAAAACGCGCUAGUCACAGUUUGUCGCGUUUACAACGACAGCUUCUCUUCUGGUCCAGCCAACUCUGCCAUCGCCGCUGCAAGACAGCCGUCCUGGUAUCGAGUUACGCGUUGCAAAGGAUGCCCAUUUCACAUGAAUCCUCAUUUGUGGCAGAUUCUACUGUUACAUCUUCGCCAGCAACCCCACCACCAAAGCCACCUCGAACUUACGGACGCAAGAGUCUAGCUAUUCCGGGUUCCUCUUCACGCUUUGAGGUGCUGAAAACGGGGCUCAAAUGUGGUGAAGAAGUUCCUGCAAGCUCCGACGGCGAGCGGGAGCUCGAUCACGUUGUGAAGGAUGCAGCGACGGGAAGCUUCAGGUUUACUUUUCAAGAUGAGCUUGCAGCCUUGGACGACAGUUUCGAUGAGGAUGGUGAGGAAGAUGAAAAAACCCUUCUUGGCAUGGAUGCUUAUCCACAGAAACAAUACGGUUCACCUGCUACCACCUGGCCAGCAAAAACACCCACAGGAAUCCUCGAAGAAUCACUAACAGAUCUCGCCAUUUCUGCGCAGGCCGACAUGCCUAAUACGUUCUCUGCAUCAUCUUCAUUGCCAGCCAAACCUCGACGUGUUAACCGCAUAGACUCGGAUUCAGAACCGGAAUCCGAGAGUAUACAAUCCACGUCAUCCCCAGUCAAGCGUACCCGUCACUCCUCGACGCCGCCUACUUCUGAGGAUGAGUUGCCAACAACGGAUAAAAUACGAAAGAUUCGGGUUAGUAAACGCGUCGUCGAGGAGCAAUUGGUACACCCUCAGCACUCUGAACACGAGUCCAAGUCAGCGGCGGGGCCAAGCAAAAAAAAACGAACUAGGAUUAAGGCCCCAACGAAGAAAGAGCGAAAGGAAACGGCGCUGAACGGUGCGCGUAUCGCUGCAGAUCGUGAUACUUCCAUUCCUCAGAGACAAAGUGAAUGGAACGUGUCAAAACUGCUUCAUACGCUCCAAAAUCGACAUGAACUGUCUUCGGACCCUAUCCAGCCCUUCUCAUCCCCACAUGUCAUUUCCCAAGCUAGCGCCGCGCCUAUUUCAGCCCCUCCUCUGAGUUACGAGGAAAUCAAACCGGCUGUUUCCGUUCCCACAGUCGUGGAACCUGAUGACGAAAUGCCAGAAGUGGGUGACUCGCGGAAGAAAGAAGCUCAGUCUCCCAGGCAAAUCCUGGCAAUCCGGAAGAUGAGAAUCCUAGCCUUGCAAGCUCAGCAGUCGGGACGAGCUCAAGAAAGUGAUGAAGACGACGAUUUGGAGAUUGUCGCUCCGGACACAUCUGUGAUUCAAAGAACAGUUGGCAUGCAAGGUCCUUCUGGUACUAAAAAGACACAUUCAACUCUAGCCGGCAUUUCACUUGGGUCAGGAAGCAAAAAGAAGGAAACCCAUCACAUACCCUCCGACAUUGGUAGCUCCCUUCGAAACCUGAAGAGCCAUCGGGAACUAAAUAUCGCAUUGAUGGCAAGUGCCCAGAAAGUUGCCGCUGAGGUAAAGCAUGCCAAAGAACACAAUUGGAAACGCCAUGGAGGCACGCUCAAAGAAGUCAUAGCCGCGCGCGCCUCGGCAGCGGAAGUCCUGGAUCAUUAUAUCCAACAAGGCUUGGAGCAUGGUGAAGAAAUGAAGGAGGAGCAGGACGAGGAGGAAGAUGAGGAAGAUGCUGAUUACAUGCUUCCCGAUCGCGGGUCAGCUAGUCCUCCACCUCCCAAAGCAAGCGAAGAUGACGAAGGCGACAACGAAGAACUAACGGAGGACGAAGACAUCACGAUGGUUGAACAGGAUGGCAAUACGGAGACUGAAGAUCUCGACGAACAACCCGUCGUAAGACCCCGCCAACGGGUGCCUCGAGUUGUAGAGGAUGAUGACUCCGAUGUGGAAAAUACACAACUCCGACCGAUGCGACGUUUACCUACAGGCAGAAUCCUUGUCGAAGACAGUUUGAUCAUGGAUGAUCAGAACACGCCCAUUGCACAAGCUACCCCCAAAAAUUCUUUAGACGAACAAAGCGACAAAGAGAACAACAGCGAGCUAAUGUACGCUAUGGACGACGACAAGGAGAACGUUACAGUUUUUGCCCAACCUCCCACGUUUCCAAGGUCUUUGUUUGCGCAAGAAGAUAAUCCGGAUGAUGGUUUGUGGGACGCUGACAAGGGACAGACGGCACCAAGAUUGCCUUUGAGUAUCCUUGAAGAGGACAAGAGCUCUCCAGACAGUCGGUCUUUUACAGAUCGCCUACAGAGCACCAUCAAACCUGAAAAUGAUGAUGAAUUCAUGCCAUCACCCUCUUUGCGACCUCGAUUUGGUCUCUCCGCGGAGGGUGACUUGGGAUUUUCACAAUUUCCUGAGACUCAGAAUGCCACAUUGACAUUACAGCCUGGAUUCUCGGAUUUGUAUGUGAAAGGGACACAAAAACAACCUUCUGAUGGGCCUCAGCGUGAUGACGGGUUUACAGAGCUCUUCGGUGGAAAGGGUGGCUUUGGUCUAUCCAAGUUGCGGAAAACUGACUCCACAGACUUUGGUUUAACCCAAGAUAUCUCCCUUGGACCUGCUUUUCAGAUCGGCGAUAGCUCGAAACUGAAGGAGGCAGAUGCGAUCUUUGAAAAAGAGCAAGAGUACCUUCUUGAAGAAGCUAACCAGGUUCCUCAGAAGCAAUCUAACCUCUACGUUAAUAAUGAUGGAUAUCUCACACAGACAAGGCCUGACACCAGUCCCGAGGUUUAUCGACCCUUUUCACGGCAGACGCAGACGCAAACUGAAACGCCAGCAAUACUGCCGACGCAACGGUCCCGGUGGCAAACUCUUGGAACGCUAGCGUAUUCUCCAAACAUCACCCCGAGUCUUCCUUCAUCUUCCCAUAAACGCCGCAUCAUGAAGCGUUCGGUUUCCCCGUCUCCUAGUUAUGGCGCAAAUCGGUUGAACUCAUCGAAGCCACAGGAAUCUAAGACCAGUAAACCUAAGGCCCCAUUGAGGAAGUCGGAGUUCGUGGAGGCGGAAGCACAAGAGAGCGAUGAUGAUGAGAUGCACGGAUUUGGUUUGUUUAAAGGGACUGCUGCAGAGGACGACGAAGAGGGUCAAGACUUGGAUCAAGAGCUCACGGCGUUGGUGGAUAAUACAGCUUUGGACGAAGAAACCAUCGCCGAGGAGAAGGUUCGGGAGAAAUAUCAGGAACAAGCGGAGCAAGACGACCUCCGCCUCCAAAAAUAUCACCAGGAUGCAGCUGAUGGCAAGUACCGUUCCAAGAAACGGAGGAACGGCGUCGAUUUGGACGAUAGUGACUCUGACUCUGACGAUGAUGUCGAUGAUGAGAGACGUCGACGGCGUAUGAACAAAAAGCAGAGAACAGAUAUGGUCGCGCUUGAGUCGAACCCAACGACAGCUGCUUUCGCUGGCGAGUACAAGAAGACCAUAGGCGACGAUGAGGAUACGGUGAUGCUACAUUCUGAGCUCAUGGAGGAGCCAGAAGUCGUUGGAGCUGAGGAGACUGUAGACGACGAGGACGAUGAGGUGCAAGAAAGUAUCACGCGUGCUGAAAUAGUGCGUCAGGUGCAAGAACGCGCCCAAUAUGGCGAGCUCGACGACGAUGAACCCUUCGACCCCCACAACACUGACUGGCUAAAUGCCGGUUCUGAUGAUGAUGAAGGUGUGAAAAUUCGCCCAACGGCCGCAAGUCGAAUUGCUCGAGGGCCCCGGCGACAUUACCACGACAAUCAGGAAUGUGAUGAAGCGUCUGAGCCUCAAUACAAAUCGACUGUUGAAUACGACAAUAGGAUGAAGGAGUGGGCUAAAACUGAAAGCAGAUCGGGGCGUUUAGGAAGGAUGAGCCGAUCUGUUGGCAGCGCAGCAAUCACUGGUCAUACCAAGGUCAAGGCUGGUGGCGGGUCUUUACGACAGAAUGUCUCCAAUCAGACAUUAUCUUCACGGCGUACGGAAGAGAGAUCUAGACCGUUGAAGCCGACGCCGAGUGUUUUGUCGAGCCUCGAUCGGAGCAGCAAAUUCGGAUAGGCCUGGGAAUGGAGAUAGAUAGAUCUUAUGACAAGGUGGUUCGAUUUGAUUGGUUUUGCAUUCCCUCUCGCAAAUGUAAUGUACAGUGGCUAAAUAG